AUGGUGGAGAUUGAUGCUUUAUUGAUGGAUGAAGAAAUCCACCAAAAUGUGAACCGGCUCCUAGGUUUUGAGCAGGAGGCAGUGAAAUUUUAUGUGGACCCGUUCCUACUGCCCGUGUGCUGGAAUGCGGACGAAGGAAGUGGCGGGAAAAGAGAGGAAACUAAGAGAGUUACUGAUACCAUAAUGUACCGUGGUUUGUGGUUGGGCCUCAAAAUGUGGGCUGGGAACCCUUGCCCAGUACCGUGUUGCCUUUUGGCAACGAGCCCCACAUCAGCAGCAAAACGUUUUCGCAACGUGGAAGACGAACAUUAUGCGGACACUCUACAACGCUUUCCCAGGCCACUGGGUGAGCCCAAAACCCACAUAGUGGCCAAAUUCCAUCGACUCUCUCAUCGUGCCAUUUCCAAGUUUGACAAAAUGGAAGACACCCGGUAUGAUGACAUUUUCAAGUCCCUGGCUGCAGAAUGCAGAAGACUGACCUUUCAAGAACUGCUUUUGGUCCUGGAUGCCUUGAAUUGUUGGAGUCCAGCAGCGUCUUCAAGAGCCAAGAACUUUAGCAGGCUCUGGAAUGCUGUUGAUGCAGCCCUGGCCAAGUUGGUGGUUUCAGCUGGAUCCCCUGAAGGGGAUCUCGAAGAAGCUGUUUUGAUGUGGCACAGACUCGGACUUGGGAGGAUAGCCAAGUCCCUGCACUUGAUUGUAGACUCCCUGGCCUUGAAACCAGGUGCAUGGGAUGCAAAUGGACUCAGGUUGCUUCUCUUUGGCCUCUUGGUGGCCCGCAGGUGGCCCAGUGGCCUGAACCAAGAUGGUCUAGAGAAGAUACUGGUGCAGAGCAUGAGACAGAGUCCUGGUAGUUGGGGUCUGCUUGGUCUGACUUGUGCAGCAUACUUUAAAACACAGACACAGUGCAAAGGUAGUGCAAUGUUCAAUGGUGUCAUUGAUGGUGCAGUGGUGGCACUCAGGUCCUCUGCACCAUGUGACAGUAUUUCCCUGUGUUCAGUGGCCAAGUUUGUUGGGUACAUGAAGAGGUGUUUGUGGCAGCCUGAUUUUGAAAAGGUGGUGGGUCUGCUGGAAGCUGCUGUGCCCAGGUUGGAUGAGUUGUCACUGCUGGCCAGGGUGCACUUGUUGGAGACUGGGGCCCAGCACAGAGUUGUAGUGGAUGCCAUCUUUGAUCAUGUGCAAAGGGAUGUCAUCAUGAUGGAUGGGAGUAGGUUGAAAGACUUGGAGCGCUUUCUGAUUGCAAGGGAUCAGGUAGGGAAGCCAUUGACCCCAGAGGAAGGGUCAGCCAUUUUGAAACACCUGGAAUGCUUUCAAGAGGAAGAAAGGCAUAAACAUUCUCUCCUGGCAUCUGUUAGGGUUCUGGCAUGCCAUGGAUUCUACUCUCCAGUAUUGUUGAAUGUGUGUCUCAGUGAAGCCUUUGUUGACUCUCUGAUUGAUUCUCAAAAUUUUCCUCAUUCCUUGAGGGAGUUUCAUGAGUUGGAUUCUUUGGUUCUUGCUGAGCAGCCACAUUACAAAGGUCCACAUCUGUCUGAUGGUUUGAGAGAUUUAGCUGUUAUGAGAUAUGCUCCAAAGCAGCUCUUGAAUAGUCCUGAACAUCAACCAGUGUUGGCUGGAGAGACGUUUCUUAUGACAAUAGCAAGCAUAUUGGGCAGGAUUGAUGUUGAUGGGUCACUGCAUUUUGUCAGCAAGAAGACUCUUGCUCGAAAAGAAGAACUUCCUCUGUGGACAAAAUCGGAAGAAUAUGCGGAUUUGUGGAGGAAGAGUGUUGUGAUCUUACCUGCCUCGCCCAUAGUCUAUAUCUUGUGCUUUUUCCCCCGACAUUUCGUGAAACUGACGAUAAAUUCCGACUUCGACGACGAUAAGAAAUACCCCCCGCGAAUCGUUCAUCCCGGAAGCGAAUACAUAAACGGGUGA